GGUGACUCCUAUCCUGCAGUUGCUUUUGGAUAGAAAUAUGCUUUAACCCUAGUAGAAGAUGGUAGUUUUGGAGAAUGACCAUGGAGAAGGGGAUGAGUUCUGGACAAGGGCUGCCCUCCAGACCCCCUCAGGAAGCAAAGCAGUCCCCUAAGGAGAGACGAGGAGGCUUUGUGCUAGUCCAUGCAGGUGCAGGUUAUCAUUCUGAGUCCAAAGCUAAAGAAUAUAAACAUGUAUGCAAACGAGCUUGUCAGAAGGCAAUUGAGAAACUACAGGCUGGUGCUCUGGCGACAGAUGCAGUAACUGCAGCUCUGGUGGAACUUGAGGAUUCUCCUUUCACAAAUGCAGGAAUGGGAUCUAAUCUGAACCUCCUAGGGGAAAUUGAGUGUGACGCCAGCAUAAUGGAUGGAAAAUCCUUAAAUUUUGGAGCAGUUGGAGCACUCAGUGGAAUCAAGAACCCAGUCUCAGUUGCAAACAGACUCUUGUGUGAAGGACAGAAGGGCAAACUCUCGGCUGGCAGAAUUCCUCCUUGCUUUUUAGUUGGAGAAGGAGCCUACAGAUGGGCAGUAGAUCAUGGAAUUCCCUCUUGCCCUCCUAACAUCAUGACCACAAGAUUCAGUUUAGCUGCAUUUAAAAGAAACAAGAGGAAACUAGAGCUGGCUGAAAGGGUGGAAACAGAUUUCAUUCAAAUGAAGAAAAGAAGACAAUCAAGUGAAAAGGAAAACGACUCAGGCACUUUGGACACAGUGGGCGCUGUGGUUGUAGACCACGAGGGGAACGUUGCUGCUGCUGUCUCCAGUGGAGGCCUGGCCUUGAAACAUCCAGGGAGAGUCGGGCAGGCUGCUCUCUAUGGAUGUGGCUGCUGGGCUGAAAAUACUGGAGCUCAUAAUCCCUACUCCACAGCUGUGAGUACCUCAGGAUGUGGAGAACAUCUGGUGCGCACCAUACUGGCCAGAGAGUGUUCACAUGCUUUACAAGCUGAAGAUGCUCACCAAGCUCUGUUGGAGACUAUGCAAAACAAGUUUAUCAGUUCCCCUUUCCUUGCCAGUGAAGAUGGUGUGCUUGGCGGUGUGAUAGUUCUCCGAUCAUGCAGGUGUUCUACAGAGCCAGAUUCCUCCCAGAACAAGCAGACACUUCUAGUGGAAUUUCUGUGGAGCCACACAACGGAGAGCAUGUGUGUUGGAUAUAUGUCAGCCCAGGAUGGGAAAGCCAAGACCCUGCUUUAUAACCUGGGAAGGCUACAACUCUAUUCCUUGCUUAUCUUUCAAGAGAAAGUGCUACUGAUGCUUGGAUAGUGUUCUGAAAAUAAACUGAAUAAUACUCACAUUUCAAGACUUCCUCCGGGUGCGGUGGCAGGACAGUCAGUUGCAAUCGAAGGUGGAGUUUGCCGCUUGGAGAGCCCAGUGAACUGACCCUGCUGACUGGGUGUGAAGUGUCUGAGAGGCAUUUCAGAACGCAAGCUUUUGGAGGUUUUAAACUUCCUUGUUUUCUAAUUCUUAUGGGAUCUCGUGCACUGCUCAAAACAUAAGUGCUGCUGUAGUUAGCGCUUAGUGACGCACGGACCUUUGGUGGGUGCCCGAUGGUGUGUGUGUGUGUGUGUGUGUGUGUGUGUACGUGUGCUUGCAUCUCCCUCGAUGAAAUAGAAUCUCAUUGUGUAACCAAUGACUGAGAAUGAUUGUCUUUACAAAAUGUGUGCUUUAACUGUUUACAAGUAAAACCUAAGGUUGCAGGAAACAAUUUUUAUUUCAUAAAGAGUAAGUACCAACUGUCAUUGAUGUAAUGUGUCUGAAUUGAAGAGUAAAUCUACUUGUUUAAAUGAUUUGACAGUGGUCGUGCUCCAUUUAAGAACAGUAAUAAGUAAUAAAGUGUUUUUAUUUGUGAAUCAGUUUAAGUCGAUCUUGUGGUAACUUAAACUGUUGUCUUCAUCCCUUAUAUGGGGCAUUUUUCUUUAACAAAGAAUGGUUUCAGUGAAACAAUCUAGCAGAGAAUUAAGGUCAGAACCUUUUAAAAUAAUAGUCUUAUUGAUAAAGUUUGUAUUUCUUUCCUCUGCUUUUCUAAGAUUCAAGAUUGCUUAGCUUUGAGCUGUAUGUAAUUAUUAUGAAAGACUAUGUAAAGAGAACAUUCAGUAAUGCACAGUCCUUAAUUGUGUAUAAUGGAAUGUUAUUUACAAUGUAACAUUGUAAAUAAGAAAGCAAAGUUUAUGGAAAAAUUCAAUAUUAUCUUUGUUUCUUGUUUAAAUAUAUUUUUAAGAUAAAGACACAAAAAUAAAAAAAACCUAUUACCAG